CUAGUCUAUUUCUAACUACAUCAUGUGAAAUCGUCCAUACUAUAAGUACAGUUCAGAGAGGAAAAAAAAUGAAGGACUCGUCUCGACGUGGCACUCAUGCGGGCGGCGCGAGAACGUGCUCCCUGCCGUUUACUGGUAGUACUCACAGGAACAAGACGAUGCUGGGUUAUAUUAAUUCCAUGAUGAGUUGUUCCUUAAUAAUUAUGCUGAAACUGCUUGGUCCUCUUGCCUUCGCACAGCAGGACAUAUCAACAACAAUUGACGCAAGAACUUCAACGGUUCUUCCUUUCUCGCUGUCUGGAGACGCAAGAACUUCAACGGUUCUUCCUUUCUCGCUGUCUGGACGUGACGACGAAAAGGUCGCUCCCGACCUGAAUAUCGCUUUUCAGCAAACGCUGGAUUCUCUAGUGGAUCCGGCAGAGGCGAGAGAGCGUUUGGCUACCGAAACAGAGAUCAUUGCCAAUUCUGCUAUCAAGCAGAAGCGGCAUACGAGUUUUUGGCAAGCUUUUAAGAAUGAAAAUAGUUUGUCGAUGCUCAAGGCGGCAACCGCACAGCAGAGCAGUGUCCGCGUUGGGGGCGGGGAAGCGUCACGCGCUGUGGAUGGAAGAGCAGAAGCAAGUGCAUGGUCACAAAACUCCUGCACGCAUACUGGUUCUACUUUCUUCAACUCGUCUACAUGAUUUGAUGAAAUUUUUCAACAAAAUAUAAUGCUUCCUCCGUGUAAGUAGUGCUGAAGAACGUCAGUAGCAAGUGCAACUACGAGAGCGACCCUCUCCACUUCUUCAUGUCGCCUUCUCUACCAGCCAUUACUACAGAUCCCCACGGCGAAAUGCAUCCUUGGUGGUCCGUGCAGUUGGAAACACAGCUGCCCAUAGGCGAGGUUCACAUCCUUAACCGAUUAGAAGCUGCAGAACGGUUAUCGGAGUUUGAAGUUCGCAUUGGCGACGAUCGGAACCUUGGCAGGUUUAAGCCUACAAACUCUGCCUCAGCAUCUUCUGCUAUAGGUUCAUACACUGUGUGCGGACGUGGUACUAAUCCAGGUGCAGGAAAGUGGGCUGUUGUCGACUGUGGUGGAAUAGAAGGACAGUACCUAGCUAUCGUGAUCACGAAAAUUAGGGAUGCAGGAUUUUCAUUUUGUGUUGGCUAAGUACUCCUGUUCUGUGAGACUGGUAGUAAUGUUGAUCCGAUUUCAUUACAGUAAUCAUGAACUUCAACAUCUCCAUCCACAGAUACGAUUUCAUUACAGGAGUAAUCAUGAACUUCAUCUCCAUCCACACUAACGACCUCUAAGCAUCAAGAACCCGCAGUCCUCACCUUGUGUGAGGUGAUCGUGUAUCCGCAUAGUGUGCGGCACCAUCCGUACUUUCUGUCGGCGUCCUUAGCGUUGCAAGAGUUUCUUGCUGUGCGGACAGUGUUUGGUGGGGAGCAUCGUCUUGGGUACUACGUGUUAGCUCUGGCGAAAUUGCGGCAACUGUUUAACUCUCUGCUGAGAAAAGAACCAGCUGAUUUAGAGGGACUUGGAGGAAUAGACGAGGGCGGAGAGCAGGGAGGAGUACUAGAAUUAAGGCUCAACUUUCAAUGGUCAUUGGGGUUGGUCACUGAGAUCGAAGAGGCGACCCCUUGAGAGAACAGGGGAAAACGAAGGGAAAGAAGGUGGUCGCUUCCGUUCGGAGUCAGUGGCCACUGAAUGCUGAGCUUUAAUAGAAGUUUCAGACUCGUCGUCUGCCUCUGAAGUGGCUGUUGACGGUGCCACAACUUCAUCUUCUCCUAGAGGCCGUCCUUCAGCCGCUGCACCCGGUACCUGGAUUGCGCAGUUGGAGGAGCUGUAUUCUGCGUUGUCCAUCGAGGUCAGUCCUGAGUUUCGUUCGCGACGAGAGUUCAUGCAGCUACGAGCGGAGAUCUAUGCGAGUAUUGGCUUCUCCAGCAGUUGCGCUGCGUUGAUGCAACAUGCUGAUCGGGAGUCUAGUUCGGGGCUUGCGAAUGGAGAUGAAAAUCCUAACUCUUCCAAGAACAAGAGGAAAAGCAGUAGCUCUUCCAAAGAACUUGAUGUCGUAGGAGGAGAUGAAGGUGAUGUUCGAAACGUUGCUGCGGCGAUUAGCACGGUCAGUUCUCUGAAAGGAACAGGGAAAAAAGCAAAUCACCAUGUUGCUAAGAAAAAGGAACAAGAUCAUGCAAGUACGUCUUCAAGGAGUGGCGCAUUCUCAACAUCAUCUUCAUCAUCGUCUUCUUCCGAUCAAUCCCUUCAACUCCAGCACCAACAGGAAGUUUGUUGCUUAGAUUCCAUUCUCGGAACCGCGAGUGGAUGCGUCGCAACGUCUCUCGGCAUCUACAAGUUCAUAGACGCGGAGGAUGAGGCAACGGAGCUCUAUGAGCGGGCCAUGGUGCAGGGUUUGGCCGCUUGGCAGAGCUACUUUCAGACCUGUGAAGUCUACUUGCCAUUUCUAUCGAGUUCUUCUGCGGGUAGUUCAGGCGCACGCUCUGGGGGAAUGUGGGACCGUCGAGGGCCUGAUUUGGUUGGUUUGAUAUGGCUAUAAUUGUGUUAGUUUCUUUUCACAUCCUCGUCUUCAAAGAGAAUGAAGUAAGUGCGCCGUAGAAGUGUUUGUUUUGAUGUCUUGGUCUUCUAACUACAGCAUAGUUUUUCUAGUUCGUUGAAAUUUACGACCUUUAUUCUUGCUUUUUAUCCCCCCUAUCUAGCUACUUUGCUAAUCGGAUCCGACUUGAUCGAAAAGAGCCGACCGUUGCUAGAACAAGACCUCAAGCGAGUGUUGAUGGAUCCUCUUGGCUUGCUGAGUUCUCUCUUGAGCGAAGCCAGUGUGCUGUCAGAUGCGGCGUUGAAGUAUCCGAGUGUUGAAGCCCUCCUUGACCAACGCAAAACCGAGGUGGACGGUGGUGCUGGUGAUGUUGCCGUCGGAAAAGGCGGAAAGGGGAGGAAGUUAUGAAGUAUCUUGAUGUGGUGUGGGGAACAGCAACAAUUCCGUGGAUAUGAAGCUACCUCUGAAUAAGUAAACUAAAUUGAUGAGAUGAUUGACAACAGGAUUGAUCUCGUUCGUGAUUUUUGUACUAGGUUUGGCUACAACAACAACCUCUUCUAAAGCAAGGAAAAGGAUCUGACUCCUCGAGUGGACGCGGCAGGAUGGACCAGAGUGAACAGGAUCGUCUCGACGCAGCUGCCAGCACUUCUAGGACAGGCGCUCCCUCAUCAUUGCAAAACGCACAGUUUGCGCGCAUGGUGAAGAUGAGUAACGAGAAACGCAUCGCCAACGGAAACUUUGGAUUCGAAAGGAGUAAACAACUAGGAAGCUCAGGAUCAUCUUCAGGUAGUGAGGAGGACGCCUCCGAUCUCGCACAGCAAGAACAGAAGUUCAAUCGCAAUACGUUUUUCCAUGUUGCGGCAACGCAGAGUGGUGCGUGGCUGAAAUUCGUGCUGUACAACGGCGAACUAGGCUGGAACCCGACCUACUGUUCGGAGCAGACACAUCUUCAACCACUAGAAGAGCCGCGUAUACGCACGAAGAAAAAUAAAAGACCAUCCAGCAAGGGAGGCAGUGCUGUGCAGGAUCUGAACGCAUGUUCGAUUUUUGCAGAUGCUUUGCUUAAGGCGAGUUUCAAUUUUGUAUUGAUCACUCGUGGAGUGGAACUGAUGACUUGGUAGGACUUGGUAGCUGGGUAAACGUGAAGAACUAUACUUAAUCGAUUUCUGAUCAUCCCCCUAACCGUCAUGGUUCGACCUGUACUGCUAGCGUCUUGACUUAGUGGUCAUGCACCCUUUCAGAACUAAUCUCUACAACGGAUGUCAGGAACGGCAUGAUCAUGAUCGGGGAUACGCACACUCCGUCCGCCCUUCCCCUCUAACGGACCAGGUGGAAAAUUGCGCGACUACUACUUCUUAGCCAACAACGAAGAGAUUUCGUUCCAGCUGUUUCUUCCUAACACCACAGUAGGAGUCCAUAGUGGUGGCAGCAACACCAGGAUCAAUCUAGACCUUUUGCUGCGCAGUGAGCAGAGCAAAGAACUGUCUACCUUUGUCCAGAAACAGCUAGUCGACAACCCACUUCUCCUGCCAUUCACCUCUGGGGCUUUUUAUUCGGAGACCCCAGUGAACACACAAGAACAGUUUGGCGGUGGGAGUAGUAAAGUUUUGGAUGAUAAAAUCCGACAGAUGCACAAAGCAGUGGAUUCAUCAUCAAGACCAAAGGCGAAGAGCUCUCCUAGCACAUCAUCUUCAAGCGAAGGAGACUCCACGACCUCAUCCAUGCUGCGCCAGACCGUUGCUAACAGGCGUGAAUCGCUGACACCCGAGUCAGGGACCGUUACGGCGUACGACGACUGUCAGGACUUGAGCUUGCAAGUGACUGGGCCGAAGCCGAUUUUCAAAUUUCAAGUGGGCAUCAUGCAUCCAAAGCUCAUUCAGGAGUUGCAGCGCAGAAUAAGUGCUAGCGAAGCCGAACUCUAAUCGAAAUCGCUACAAGAUGAGUGUACAACAGGAACUACAGCAUCUUCUACCUGUAUGUAAUACUCAGUGGUCUAGAUGAAGAAGUGGCAUUUUGCCAGUCGUCCACGGUUCACAUAUAAUAAAUCGCGCUGUCUUGUAAAUAUUGACUCUUAAAGAAGCCAGCGCAGCUGGAGCUGAGCCCGAGGCUGCAGAGUCAGCAUAUUGAAUCUAGAAAAACUUUUCAAGCUAGAUGGGGUUUCUAUUUGAGAAGGUCUCGCGCCUACAUCCGUGAACUUGACACUUCGAUGACACAAAGACACACUCACCACCACACAAUCGCGACGCACAACAAGAGAGAUACCUCGCAGC